UAUCACUGAGGCUCAUUGUGUCCUGUAAACUGCAGCAGUCAAGGUGUUUCUCUGUAUUUGCCUCCACUCAGACAAAGACAACAAAUCAUGGCUGUGGCCAAUUUCCAGUACAUUACUCGGAUGAGCAGUGGAUUCAAGGUCUACAUCUUAGAAGGUCAGCCUCACCUCAGGAGCGAAGACAGGUACAGACACAUGGCGAAUGACCGGGCCCGAGCGCCGGCAGUGUACCCCAUCAAACGCAAGCGCAGCCACGACAGAGGUCUAACUCUGGAGGAAAGGCGAGAGCGUGCCAUAAGCAGAGGCCACAGUAAGAUGAACCAGAGAGCAGCGCCAGCGCCGGUGGCGUUCGGCUCCCGACAAAGUCCCACAUCCACCCAGAGUCCAACGCCCAGCCCCACCAGCCUCCUGCCCACCCAUGUGUACUACGCCCCAGUCAUGGACGAGCCCCUCGCCCUCAUCAAGAAACCAAGAAAAGACCCUGAAGUUACCGAGGGGACAUCAAAAAGCACCGUGGCCAGUCAGAUCCAGGUGCGGCCCUCUGUGAUCACUUGUGUGUCCUCGUUAAGAAAUCCUUCCAGCAAGCCGGAGCUCCACAGAAGCCACUCAUCGGUGAUUUCUAAAUCCAACUACGAUCACGUCCUGGAGGAGCAUUUCCAGAGGAGCCUCGGAGUGAACUACCAGAAAGCCCGCUCUCAGCAGCUCUCCAUCAGCGUCUCUGUCGACGACCACUUCGCCAAGGCUUUGGGGGACAAGUGGUUGCAGAUUAAGUCCAAGUCGUCCUCCUGCUCUUCCACACCUCCCAGCAGUCCGAGUCUCACCCAGUCCCCCACCUACAGCCACAGCCCCAAUCUGUACCACAAAGAGUCCGCCGGCAGCUCGCCGCCGGCUUCCAGCCACUGGUCUGCCAAUUAGAGCUCUGAUGGAAGAUGGACUUUUUGAGGACUUGUAACAUUUCACUGCGAACGGCUCGGCUUGUCCUGGCGGUGGAGACGCCAGCGCGAGCGCUGAGAGAGCGAGCUAAGAAAUGCAGAACGUGCCGUCACCGUGGACCUUGACGUCCCAAACGCAGACACAUGUAGCACGGAGCAGGGCGUCCUUGCUUUGUUACAUUUCUACCCUCUGCUUGUUGAUAGCGUCUGAGAUACUGUAGAUGGUAGUGUGGGACGAUUGAAAAAAAAAAAAAAUCAACUAAAUAAUCCUUAAACAUUUCUUUGAUUUUGUGCCGUACUGACAAUUCAGCCUGAAAAUUCAAACUGUAAUGUAUUAUACUGUAUUUAUAUU